UUUCUUCAUCCUUUCUCUCCCUCUCCCUCUCCCACCUAUCACCCAAACUCUUUUUUUCUUUAGAAAAAUGGAGAAAGGACACGUCUUGGGCCUCUUGGCUAUUGCUAUUUGCUUGUAUCCUCUUCUUGAGGUGAUCUCAGCGACACCUAUCAAAGCAUAUCCCAGAAAGCUCCAUAGAGUAGAAAUGGGGUCAUCAUAAAUUCCACCAGGCCUUCCAUCAGUGAGAAUUUAAGGCUCAUCUCUCUCUUAACUUUCUUGGGCCUCAGUCUCUCAGAAGUCAGGUGUUGCAGACAAGAAACGCAAUCAGAGUUUUGUUUUUACAAAUAGUGUGUAUUUGUGGUUUGAGGUUUUUUUCAUUUCUGGGCUUUUGCUUUGGAGCUUUCUCUGGUGAUUAUUGUUGGGGGAAGAUGAGUAGCAGUGGAAGCAUGGGCAUAGGUGUUGGAGUAAGCCCAGGAAAUGUGAUAGUCUACCAUGGGAGCAAUUUGAAGGGGGUUGAUCGGAGAGUGAGGGUUGCAGAGUUAGUCUUGAGGUGUAUCAUUUGUGGACUAGGAGUUCUUGCAGCAGCUCUUGUGGCUUCAGAUACACAGGUCAGGGAGAUCUUCUCAAUCCAAAAGAAGGCCAAAUUCACCGAUAUGAAAGCCCUUGUGUUUUUGGUGAUAGCUAAUGGGAUUGCAGCUGCAUAUUCCUUCAUCCAAGGGUUGCGUUGUGCAUUGAGUAUGAUAAGGGGAAAUAUUCUCUUCAACAGAACCUUAGCUUGGGCUAUUUUCUCUGGUGAUCAGGUGAUGGCUUAUGUGACGGUGGCUGCUGUGGCAGCGGCAUUACAGUCGGCAGUGAUAGGGGAGUUGGGGCAGCCGGAGCUGGAAUGGAUGAAGACAUGCAAUAUCUACAGGAAGUUCUGCAACCAAGUAGGUGAGGGGAUUGUGAGUGCUACUGUGGUCAGUCUUAGUAUGGUCACUCUCUCCUGUAUUUCAGCCUUCAACCUCUUUCGCUUGUUUGGAGGUUCUUCUAAUAAGAAGUAAAGAACAACACUUGUUGUGGAAGUUUGGUAGCUUGGUAGGAGAAAUGUAGCCCUUUGCCUCAGUGUUUUGCCUUCACCGUCGCCGGUGGUUUCGGCUCUGACUGACCACACCAAUCGUCAUGGCGACUGUUGGUGCCUUUCUCUUCCUUUUUUUGUGCAUUUGAGGUCUCCUUGAUUGUAUAAUAACAUAUAUUUUGAUCAUCUCCUAAAAGUUAUGCUUUACCAUGUA